AUGACACAAACCGACAAACCCACGGGAAUCACCCUCCCAAACUCAGAGCAGCUCUAUUUGUGCAACUCGCGCGGCGAAGAGUACCUCAUCCAAAUAUCCUGGCCGCUACACUUUAACCAACAUGACCCGGAUACCGACCGAAAUAAACUGCCCAUUAUCUACAUCGUCGACGGCAACGCCUUCUUCCUAACAGCAACCGAAGCCGCCUGGCGCCGCUCCGCAGAAGCCCACUACGCCGGCGGCGGGAUCGUCGUCGCAAUCGGCUACCCUCUCACAGGCACGGGCAAAGUCUACCAUCGCGUGCGGCGAAACCUCGACCUGACGAUCCAGAACCCCGAUCCCGCCGGGAAGCCCGUGGGCGAAGGGUACGGGGGCGCGGACGCCCUGCUGGAUUUCAUCGACGAGACUGUGCGCCCCGCUGUCCGGGCGCGGUUCCCGAAUCUGACCGUCUCGCGCGAGGCGCUGUAUGGGCACUCGUAUGGCGGACUUUUUGCGCUGCAUGCGCUGUUUACGAGGCCGGGCAUGUUCGAUGCGUAUAUUGCGAGUUCGCCGUCGAUUUGGUGGGCGGAGAGGUGUAUCUUACAUGAGGCCAAGGCGUUUGUUGCUAGGAUUAAGGAGAUGGAGGCGGAGGGGGAGAAGUUGCCGACGCUGAUGAUGUAUCUUGGUGGGUUGGAGCAGGAUCCGCCGCAGUGGGGGGAUGAGCCCGAGGACAAAUGGGAGGCGCGCAAGCGCACGGCGGCGAUUUUGAAUAUGCGAAACAAUGUGCUGAGUUUGAUGGAUGUUAUCAGGGGGUGUACGCGGUUGCAUGCGGUGUCGUUUAGUGAGUAUGGGGGCGAAGAUCAUGGGACUGUUAUGGCUUGCUCGAUGAGUCGGGGGCUCACGACGUUUUUCGAGGAGUGGCCUGUUAAGAGGGUUGAGGGGAUCGAAUAG